AUGAUGUCCAAGAUCUCCUCAAUCAGCGCUUUCGUCGCCACACUGACUCUCACCAUCGCCGCUCCUACGCCACAGUCGACCUUCCUGUCGUCUGGCACCACCAUCGGUAUCAAGGUCCAGCUCGCUGGUUUUGACACCGCCUCGGUAAUUAACGCCCAACUCGAUCAGACCACUGUUGUCGACAGGAAUACCCAGAUCCAGCAGGCUGAGGUCAAUCAAGCUGGUCCGUGGUGCGCCGGCUUCUCGGACACCGCUGCGAGCAGAGUCGUCCGUGCUGUCAACGGCGACGGCAUCUUCGAUCAGGCAAAUCCCGCUGUCUAUGGAUCGGUUGUCACUGUUCAGUCUUACUGGUGUGCCAACACUAGGCCUGAGGUCGAGGCAUUCGUUGCUCGUGCUGGUGGCAACGGAGGUGAUGGGAAUGGGAACGGGAACGGAAACAACAACCAGCAGCCACCGCCACCUCCUGUGAAUGCUCCAGCUCCUCCCGUCAACAACGGCGGCAACGGUGAUGAUGGCGACAAUGGAAACAACGGCAACAAUGGCAAUGGUGCCACUGUCAACGUCGAGUUCAACUUCGGUCAAGCGGAGUUUAGACAAGCACGAUUGGCCGCAAAUGGUGGCGUUGUCUCCGCCGACACGAUCCCUAUCCUGAGCCGCCAGGUCUUCGGUGCAGUUCCUCAAGAAGGAAGCUGCCAGUUCUUCGCCAACCGCCGCGGCACUCGUGCUAUCCAGUUCCCAGACACUAUCCGCAGCUACAGCUGCUCCUCGUGA